CUCCGAAGCUUCGCGCCACGGAACCUUCCGUCGUCCUGCCAGCUCCCCACCACACCUACCCACCUCCACAGCCAGCUCCCCCCGCCACCACCAGCACCGCCACCACCACCACCACCACCACCACCACCACCAGCCCAAUCAUGCUCCCAACCUCCAUCUCCUUCGGCGACGCCCCUCCGCCCAAGUCGAUCCUCAAAUCCUCCGGCGCUGCCCGUCGCACUCCCUCGGAAGCGCGCAAAAUCGCCUUAACCCACGCCUCAACCCUCCAAAUCCGCAAGUCCCUCGAACUCUCGAUCCUCUCCUCCCUCACUUUCCUCCUCGACCUCCCACCCCCCUCCGCAGAAGUAUUUAAGCACCACAUCCGCUUCUUCACGCCGGCGGACUACGACGGGCUGCUCGAGGAGCGCAACAUCCUCGAGCUGUGCGGGUACGCGCUUUGUGCGCGGCCGGUGGCGCGGCGGAGGGUGCGCUCUAGGCUCGCGAGGACACAAGGCGGAGAGUGGGUGCAGAGGGAACAGCUCGAGAGGUUUUGUGGUGAGGCCUGUAGGAAACGCACCCUGUGGGUUAGGGUGCAGUUGAGUGAGGAGGCGGCGUGGAAUAGAGGGGAUGUGGUCGGGCGCGCGGAGGUGGAUGAAGUCACCGGAGAGGUGAGAGGUGUCGAUUUGGAUAGUGAGGUGCCGCCGGUGGGGUGGAGGGGCGGGGUGAGGUUGCUUGAGGAGGAGGAGGGGGCGGGGGAGGCGGGGGAGAGGGAGAAGGGCUGGGCGGGCGGCGAGGGGAAGGAUGUGUGGAAGCUUGCGGAGGAUCUUAAGGGCGUGGGGAUUGCGGAGGAUGGGAAGGGCGGCGUUAAGGGAGGGGUGCUGGCGGAUGUGGUGGAGAGGAGGACUGAGGUCACGAUUGUUACGUUACCGCAGGCUGACGAUCAUGGCGCUGCGGCAGCAAUCGAGGGCUAUGUUCCCAAGGCUCAGAGGGGAAAUGAUAAGGAGUAAAAUAAUACGAUACAAAAACGAUCAUGGCUCCACAGGAAUAUAUCCCUUGCUUACAGGUUCAUCUGCAAGACUGCACAAAUACUCCACAGCCACACCAUCACAACCAGAAAACGUCUACAAUCAACCACCAGCUCAAUUCCAGUAUAGAGUGAAGUAAAGGACGUAAGUAUGUAUGCAAAGCGGGAAGGAAAAAAUAACAGCA